CACAUUUCUUUUGUGUGCAGAUGUCGGGCGCCGGGUCCGUGCCUCACGCGCCUGGUGCACUCCGAACGGAGGAGCUGAUGACUGACGAGGAUUUUGUCAAAGCCAUUGAGGCCAUGGGAGGCGAAACUGAUAGCGAAAUUGGCGAAUUGCUAAAAGCCAUGAACGAGAACCGGAUUAUCUCAUGGGAAGAAGCUGAACGGAUUUUGAAUGAUACUGGCAACGCACCCAUAAAAAGCAGCCUUCCCGAACAAACCCGGCCGACAGAGCCCGACAAUGAUACCGAUGUCGACGAGUGUAUACAAAAACUUGUGGAUAACGAUGCAGCCCUUAAAGAAAUCAAUCUAAAUAAUAUGAAGCGCACACCUAUUCCACAAAUUCGACGAUUGAUCGAAUCCUUGGCUUAUAAUGAACAUUGUGAACGGCUAUCACUUGCUAAUAUGGGUCUAUAUGAUAACGAUAUCGCAGUAUUGAUAACAGUAGUCGAGAUGAACAAAGCACUGAAGAAGUUGAAUCUGGAGACUAACUAUCUUAGUGGCGACUUCUUCGCAAAAUUAUUCAAAGCAGCAUUGGUAAAUGAAACUUUAGAAGAAAUCAAGGCAGUCAAUCAGGGUGUCUCAUUUGCCACUGUUGCAGAAAAGGAGAUCAUCGAUAGUAUAGUUGCCAACAAAGGAUUGACAAAGGUGUCUAUUAAUUUGAGGUUGCCGGAGGGACGACAUAAGGUUGAAAACGCCACCUUGAGGAACGGAGAAUACAAACGUGUUCUUCGACGGGAAGCAGCUUUGAGAGCAAAACAGGAAGCGGAAGAAUUGGCGAAAAAUCCCGUGCCGCAGCUGCCUAAAGAACCCAAAAAAGAAAUUAAGAAACCGGUAGUCGCCGCUGCUAAAAAGGAAAAGGAAACCCACGUUAACGAUGCUAAGCCUGUUGCACCAAAACCGGCAGCUUCGACUAUCAAGAAUGAAGCUCCUACUAAAGCUAUCCCUUCACAAAUUACUAAUCCAACUAUUGCUUCAACUGCUAAAGAGAGAAAAAAUGAUGACGAUACUAGUGAUAGAAUGCGUAGGAAUUUUGUAGUUCCAAAAAAGAAGCUAGUAGAACCUAACGAACCCGAAGCUGCUUCGUCUAAGCCUAGAUUGCCGAGCAAAGUUUCGAUGUUAGCCAGGAGAUUGUCUAAUGUUGAUACGAAUACUCCUACACCUGUUCUACGCGUGAGUGAGGAGAAGGAGGUUCCCAAAAAAGUGCUACCGCAAAAGCCAGGAUUUUUACCCGACGAGGAUGACAUAAAAGCAGCAACUUCUGUGAUUAAAAACCGCGAAAAGGAAUCUACUCUAAAGCGUCUAGAUUCAAAGGUUGCUAGUUUGAGGAAGAAAGUGGAAUCUGAUAAGAAGGAACCUGCAGUACCUCUUAAGCCUGAAAAGAUAUCCGAAGAAAAGGCGGAGAAUCAUGCAAAAGAUCGUUUGACGCAAUCAGGACCUGUCGAAAAGAAUGCUGAAGAAAAGUCCGAGCACAAAGCCGUGUCAUCCGAGUCUGCAGACGACAAGCCUAGUGACAAUAAGCCUGUAACCUUAGCGAAACAAAAACUGUUGUUCAAAAGAAAAGGCGCGGCGGACGUGGAGAAAAAGGAACACGCGAUGGCUGACAAAACUCCCUCAGCUUCCCAAAUCCCCGAAGAGAGCGACGAAGUAGAUGAAAAGAUUUCUGCAGCUCCUGCGAACUUUGUCCGGACAGAACUCGUAGACGGUGUUAAUGGAGAAGUACCUACGGUGUCUCCCAAAAAAAUUCCCACACUUGUAGACGGGAUAGAUGAGAAGAAGCCAACGACUGCAAAGCAAUCUCCUUUGGAUAGGAGAGCGACCGAAAAUGCUGUGGCAGAAAAAGAGCGAAAGACUGUUAUCAAGCCCCGAAAAGAAUCUCAAGUCUUGGCUAUGAGAAAUCGCUUUCUCCAGAAUGACAAAGGUUUGGCGAGCGGAAUGCUCGAUUUCACCAACAAGAAGAUACCACCAACAAAGGCUCCACCAAAGCCAUUAAACAAAGCAAAUGGAGUUUUACCUUCAGAAGUGAAAACUCCUCUUCCCACGUCAGAAGAGAACGAUACUGGAAAACAAAAAAUAACUUUAGCAGAAAUCAACCCUGAAGCCACCCCUACCACAACUCCUAAGCGAAUUCCGAUUAAGAAGAUCGUAAAAAAGAAUCGCGAAUCAAAUCUACCGCAAGCAAAACCGGAAGCUGAAAGUUCUCUUGCGGAGGAGAAGAAUAGCAAGGAUCCCAAGACAACCUCCAAGCUACCAAAGGUUGCUCCUGCCGUACCACCCAAAAAGAGGAUCAGCUAAGCUUCGGAUUACCAUGCUAAUUGCACUUUUGAAGGCGUGUAUGUGGCGCUCAUAAGGUUUUCUAAAUGACACGACGUUAUCUGGGUAACUCAUUAUCCUGUGCUUUGGGUACUAUUUUAAACUCAGUUUUCACAAGCUUAGGUCAAUACAUUUCGAUGUACAUAAUGAUCGGGCUUGUUUGUGAAAAUUACGU